AGUUCGAUUAUCUUAAAAGGGUUAAAACUAAAAAGAAAGAAAGAAGAUGGCACUGAUAAGUAGCAAAGAUUGUUGAUGUCCAAUUACUCAACUCAAAUGAAUAAUGGGCUGGGCUUAUUACUCCAGUUAAACCCUUUUCUUCUUUCCUAAAACCCUGCGUUUCUUUGCUCAACAAGAACUCAGCUUUGCCGCCACAACUACACCAUAGACUUCACGCGCCUCUAUAGGUUCGUACAUCUUCAACUUCCUUUUUCACGUGCAACACAUUAAGAGACAAUACUAAUUUGGCACUUAUGUCUUCAAUAAAUACUAAAGAUUGGAAAAAAGAAGGAGAAGAAGAAGAAGACACAAUUGCUAUUUUGUUUGGUGGCAAAUUUAGGCUAGAUUUAAAUCUUGAAUAUGCAUUUGCAGUACCUCACCUAAGUAGAUGGCAUCUCUUGAAGAAGAGGACCCUAAUGAUGAUACCCUUAAAUUUAUGGAACUUGCUAUAGAACAGGCCACGAGGCACGCAGAGAUGGAAGCCAUUGAUACUCUUCUUAAGCAGUGGAGAGAAAAAAGGCUUUCAACAUCAGAAGUUGCUGAAAUUUUUUCAAAAUGUAACCUCUAUGUUACAUGUGAACCAUGCAUAAUGUGUGCAGCAGCUUUAUCAAUUGUUGGUAUCAAGGAAGUAUUUUAUGGCUGUGCUAAUGAUAAAUUUGGUGGGUGUGGAUCAAUACUUUCAUUGCAUUCAAGCAGCUCUGAGCCACUUAUGAGUGGUGGUGUAUCACAGCGGAAAGGUUUCAAAUGCACUGGAGGGAUAAUGGCAUCAGAAGCAGUCUCUCUUUUCCGCAAUUUUUACGAGCAAGGAAACCCUAAUGGUUUAAUCAAGUUGUGGAUUAGGCUAUCUUGCCUUUACAGUAAAGUUGACCAACUAGUUCUUAAGGUUUGCCAGAAGGGGAUGUAGAUGCAAAAGAAGACUAUUUUUUUUGUUUUCUGUAAAGGUGUUUGGAUAAGAGAAAACAGAGGAGUUUUUGUUGCCUUGUUGGAGAAAUAUAUGACACUAAAUCAAGAAAAUUGCUUUUAAAAAAAAUCAAGAAAAUUGUCCUACUCUAUAAUGUUUUAAGAAGAUUUGCAAG